CGCAGCACCAUAUCCUCCUCACACAGUCACGCAUACAACAAAGUGGUCGAGCGUGUCGAAGCAAAUGGCAGCCAAGAGCCUUCUCCUCGCCGCUCUCCUCGUCGUCGUCGUCAGCCUCGCGCCGUGCAGUGCGGAGGCGGACAAGCAGCCUCCACUGGCCCUCGUCGCCGGCGUGGUGCCAUGCAGCGCGGGGAGCUCCAUCAACGUGGCUGCGGUUCCGCCGUUCCCGAACGCCGUCGUCCACAUGGUGUGCGGCGGCAGGGUGAUGGCCGGCACCAAGGCGGACGAGAGAGGAGCAUUCACCAUGAACAUGGGCACGGUCACGUCGUCGCUGCUCGCCCCUCUGCUCGGCAACCAGUGCAAAGUGGUGGUGGUCACCCCGCUAGCCGCGUGCAACGCGUCCCUGGCCAGCGUCACCGGGACGCUGGCCGCACCGGUGCAGCUCCUGGGUGCUGACAGCGGCAGCGGCGGGGGCGGCCUCGGAGGACUUGGCGGCCUAAUUGGCCUCAUCGGUCAGAUAGUGGGUGGCCUCCUCGGCGGCAUCCUUAACAUCAUCCCCUUGCCCUUCUCCGUCGUCUAGAUGCUUGGUACAUCCAUUCAUUGCACGGCUGAAUUAUAUAUACCUAAGCAGAAAUCAAUACGUACUUAUAUAUCCCGCCGCAUGGACCCAAUCACCCAACUAUAUAUCCCCGCAUUAUUAUGUGUGUAUGUAAAUCUACUCCUGUGGUGUACUCCGUAUAUGUUACCGCUUCUAAGAAGCACACAAGUAAACCAAUAGUAUUGCGUAAUACUCGGAGAGUGUAUCGUGUAAUAUAAGCGAUGUUCGUUUGUGAAAAAUAAAGCUACGUGUGUGAUUGUAAAUGUGAUUGGUUAAUUAAUUGCUCAUAUAUCA